CCUGAAUUUCUCCUUACCAGCCUCAUGACACUCUCCCCUUUUCCCCUCCCUCUUACACUCUCUCCUCAUUCAUCAACCUGUGAUUCCUUCCGUCAUCCUCCCUCAAUUUUCUCUCUCCUCCAUUUUCAUCUUCAAUUUUUCUGGUGACAGUUUUAAUGGAUACCACGGAUGAUAUUGCAGAGGAGAUUUCAUUUCAGACCUUCGAGGAUGAUUGCAGAAUUCUUCGUAGUCUUUUCAAUGAUGUUCUUCUCAGAGAAGUUGGCUCCGAUUUCGUCCAUAAACUCGAACGUAUUCGAGUUCUUUCCGAGAGUGCAUGUAAUAUGAGAAGUACUGGAAUUGAGGACACAGCUGAGUUGCUCGAGAAGCAGCUUAUAUCUGAGUUGUCCAAAAUGGGUUUAGAGGAAGCUUUGAUGCUUGGUCGAGCAUUCAGUCAUUAUCUAAAUUUGAUGGGCAUUGCUGAAACUCAUCACAGGUUACGCGAACAGAAAAAUGUUCCACAACUAUCGAAAUCAUGCGAUGAUAUCUUUAGUAAGCUGAUUCAGGAAGGAGUAUCUCCAGACGACCUUUACAACCAUGUUUCUCAGCAGGAGGUAGAAAUUGUUCUGACUGCGCACCCCACACAGAUUAAUAGGCGUACCUUGCAAUAUAAGCAUAUUAGAAUUGCUCAUCUUUUAGAGUAUAAUGAUAGACCUGAUCUUAGUCAUGAAGAUAGAGAGAUGCUGAUUGAAGAUCUGGUAAGAGAAAUAACUUCAGUUUGGCAAACAGAUGAGCUUAGACGGCAUAAACCAACUCCGGUAGAUGAAGCUAGAGCAGGUUUACAUAUUGUUGAGCAAUCACUUUGGAGAGCCGUUCCUCACUAUUUACGCCGUGUUAGUAAUGCUUUAAAGAAGCACACUGGUAAGGCACUUCCUUUGACAUGUACACCCAUAAAGUUUGGAUCAUGGAUGGGAGGUGAUCGAGAUGGAAAUCCUAAUGUGACUGCCAAGGUCACAAGAGAUGUGUCUCUGUUGUCUAGAUGGAUGGCUGUGGACCUUUACAUCCGUGAAGUUGAUAAUCUUAGAUUUGAGCUUUCCAUGAACCGUUGCAGUGACGCAUUACUAAAACUUACACAUGACAUCCUAGAAAAAGAAAAUGCAGCAAAAGAUAAGUAUGACAGCUGGAAUCAACCUAUACAGAGGAGUCAGUCAAAAUUUCAGUCAAUGCUUCCCACGAGAGUUGAUCUUCCUCCCACAGAUUGCAAUAAUGGGGAUUCUCAGCAUCCCAAACUGGAACUUCCUGGCACUGAUUACAUGCCACUGAAUCGACAGGACAGUGCAAGAAAGGCCCACAUGCCUUCUGUGGAGGAAAAUGGAUCUGCAAACACUCAGUCAUCACCAAUAUCUCGCAGCUCCUCGAGUCAGCUGCUAGCUCAGAGAAAGCUAUUUGCGGAGUCUACUGUAGGAAGAGCAAGUUUCCAGAAACUCCUGGAGCCAAGCCAGCCACAACAACCUGGAAUCGCUCCUUAUAGGAUUGUUCUAGGAAAUGUGAAGGACAAGCUUAUGAAGACCCAGAAGCACUUGGAGCAUCUUUUGGAAGAGCUUCCUUGCGAGGCAGACCCUUCUGAUUACUAUGAAGCAUGUCAACAACUUUUGGAACCCUUGCUUUUAUGCUAUGAUUCUCUGCAAUCAUGUGGAUCUGGAGUGCUAGCUGAUGGUCGGCUAGCUGACUUGAUACGGAGAGUCAGUACAUUUGGCAUGGUGCUAAUGAAACUAGAUCUGCGACAGGAAUCUGGCAGACAUUCUGAAGCACUGGAUGCAAUUACAAAUUACUUGGACAUGGGUACAUACAGUGAGUGGGAUGAGGAUAAAAAACUGGAGUUCCUAACCAAAGAGCUGAAAGGAAAGAGGCCUCUUGUUCCAUCAAGUAUAGAGGUUGCUCCUGAUGUGCAAGAGGUCUUAGAUACAUUCCGUGUUGCAGCUGAGCUAGGGAGUGAUUCACUCGGAGCUUAUGUGAUUUCAAUGGCAUCCAAUGCAAGUGAUGUACUUGCUGUUGAGCUUCUACAAAAAGAUGCCCGACUUUCUCAUAGUGGAGAGCUAGGGAGGCCAUGCAUUGGGGGAACGUUGCGGGUGGUUCCCUUAUUUGAGACUGUAAAGGAUCUUAGAGGAGCUGGAUCAGUUAUCCGGAAAUUGUUGUCUAUUGAUUGGUAUCGGGAACACAUCAUAAAGAAUCACAAUGGACACCAGGAGGUCAUGGUUGGAUAUUCCGACUCUGGCAAGGAUGCUGGGCGCUUUACAGCUGCAUGGGAGCUUUACAAAGCCCAAGAGGAUGUUGUGGCAGCAUGCAAUGAAUAUAAUAUUAAAAUUACUCUCUUCCAUGGCCGUGGAGGGAGUAUUGGUAGGGGUGGUGGUCCGACUUAUCUUGCCAUUCAAUCACAGCCUCCUGGUUCUGUUAUGGGUAGUCUCAGGUCUACUGAGCAAGGAGAAAUGGUGCAAGCAAAAUUUGGACGACCACAAAUAGCAGUUCGACAACUGGAAAUCUAUACCACAGCUGUACUACUUGCAACAAUGCGGCCUCCUCUCCCACCGAGAGAAGAAAAUUGGCGUAACCUUAUGGAGGAGAUUUCUAAAGUUAGUUGCGAGAAUUAUCGUAGCACUGUGUAUGAAAACCCCGAUUUCUUGGCGUACUUCCAUGAAGCUACUCCGCAAGCUGAGCUAGGACACCUUAACAUUGGAAGCCGACCCACAAGAAGAAAGAGCUCAACAGCAAUUGGGCACCUCCGUGCAAUACCUUGGGUAUUUGCAUGGACACAAACAAGAUUUGUCCUUCCUGCCUGGCUUGGUGUAGGAGCAGGUUUGAAAAGUGCUUGUGAAAAGGGGAAUGCAGAUGAAUUACGAGCAAUGUAUCAAGAAUGGCCAUUUUUCCAGAGCACUAUAGAUCUUAUAGAAAUGGUUCUAGGGAAGGCUGAUAUUCCUAUUGCGAAGCUUUAUAAUGAUGUGCUUGUAUCUGAGAGUAGGAGAGAACUUGGUGGGCAGUUAAGAAAUGAGUUGAUGAGUACUGAGAUGUAUGUGCUGGUUGUGAGUGGGCAUGAGAAGCCAUUAGAGGGUAAUCGGACAUUGAGGAAGCUGAUCGAUAGCAGACUUCCUUAUCUCAAUCCGAUAAAUAUGCUGCAGGUAGAGGUAUUAAAGAGGUUGAGACGUGAUCAGGGUAAUCAUAAACUCAGAGAUGCAUUACUCAUUACCAUUAAUGGUAUUGCUGCUGGUAUGAGGAACACUGGUUAGUUCGUUUCAGACACUAACCAUGUGGCACUAUAUAUACACUUUAUUAAGUACUCUAAGAUAAAGAAGAACACUGGCUAGUUCGUUUCUGCUGGUAUCAGGAACACUGGUUAGUAUGUUUCAGACACUUACGAAUGUAUGUUAUGUAAAAAUUAAAUCUACCUAUCUCGUAAUGCUGCUUGUUGCAUGAGAUGUCAGUUCAGUCUUCACUAUGACGAACGCCAUCACGAUCGAACAGGCACUAACUUUAGUUAUUUGAUGCCCUUGGAAGUGCCAUCUAUUCAUUCGAGUUUAAAAGAGUAAAUAAUGUUAAAACUCUUUAUCUGUUGAUUGUCAA